AAUUCAUUGAAGUUGCUGGUCAAGCCGUGAUGUGUGUGGUUGGACUGUAGUAGGCUUGGAACGUCCUUCAACCAACGUCUCCGACAUUUCAGCUGUGCGUCUAACCACCAGGCUACAAUGUAACUUUCUUACGUUCACAAGGUCCUCAGAGUUUGUUGGAUCAUUUUUUUUUUUAUUCACAUGGUUUUAGAAAAAAACUACUUCACUCUACUGAAAUCGUGGAGCUAAACUUAAAGCGUAAAAUGAAGGAUGGGGGAGGAAAGUGUCACCCAUAGAACCACGGGCUCUGUGCUGCUGUCUCCAGUCAGCGACAUCGUUGGGGUCCCUUUGGACCAGGUGAACUUCUUAGUUUGCCAGAUAUUUGGGCUUGCGUUGGCCUUCUGGUUCCGUCUCUCUCUCAGUCACCGGCGUGUUGGUCCUGUGGUCCGCCAUGCCGUUGCCACUCUUCUCGGCAGCUGCUUUGCCAUAUUCUGCUUUGGCUGGUAUGCCUCACAUCUUUUCAUCCUGGUUUUGGCUUGUUAUGCAAUCAUGGUCAUGGCAAGCCAGCACAACAUUCAGAGGUAUUCAAUGAUUACAGCCAUGGGGUACCUCACUGUGUGUCAGGUCAGCAGGGUGUUCAUCUUUAACUAUGGCAUCCUGUCCACAGACUUCUCAGGGCCUCUGAUGAUAGUCACACAGAAGAUCACCAUCCUGGCAUUUCAGGUGCAUGAUGGCAUGUGUAAAGAAGAGACACUAACACCAGAGCAAAAAGACCAGGCUGUAGUAUCCAAACCUUCGCUGCUGCAGUACCUGAGCUACAACCUGAACUUCUUCAGCGUGCUGGUGGGACCCUGCAGCAACUAUAAGGACUAUGAGGCCUUUAUCGAGGGCAGGCACCUCCAGCACAGGCUGCGGAGGCCGGGGGCUCAGGGCACGUCUGUGCAGAACGGCUGGGACAAGAUGCCCUCGCCCUCACCAGUGGGCGCUGUGGGCCAUAAGCUGCUCAUCUGUGCUGGAUGUCUGGUAGUGUUCUUCAGCGUCACCAAAGCGUUCCCCAUCGCCUAUAACAUAGACCCCCACUUCAUCAGUGAGACACCCUUCCCAACCAGGCUGGCGUACGCGUUUGUGUCCAUACAGGCUGCCAGGCCCAAGUUUUACUUUGCCUGGACACUAGCGGAUGCCGUCCACAAUGCAGCGGGUUAUGGCAUUAAGGGUCUCAAUGAGAAGGGCGAAGUGUCCUGGGACCUCAUUUCCAAUAUUCAUAUUUGGGAAAUUGAGACAGCGACCAGUUUUAAAAAGUUCAUUGACAACUGGAACAUUCAGACGGGGAUUUGGCUGAAAUUUGUGUGCUAUGACCGUGCGUCCCGUUACCGUACGGCUCUGACGUUCGUGCUAUCUGCGCUGUGGCACGGCGUCUACCCAGGAUACUACUUCACCUUCCUCACCGCCAUCCCAAUCACAAUGGCCGCCCGUGCCAUGCGCAAGAAUGCGCGACAUCACUUCCUGUCCUGCAGCGUGCUCAAGCUGAGCUAUGAUGGGGUGACGUGGGCCGCCACCCAGCUCACCAUCUGCUACACCGUCAUGCCCUUCCUGCUGCUGGCAGUAGAACCCACAAUGCAAUACUACAGGUCAAUGUACUUUCAUGUGCACAUCAUCAGUGUGCUGCUCGCGCUCUCUCUGCCCGGCAGACCCAGAGGCCCCAGAAUCCCGCCACACAACCUCAACAACAACGUGAAAGAAGACUGACGUGCUCCUUUGCUGGACCAGUGUGUGUAUGUAGAGUGUUUGUGUGUGUGUGUGUGUCUGUGUGUGUGACUGUGUGUGUGUGUGUGCAGAAAGAGCAAGGGGCAGGAUUGGACAAAGGCCCCUCUGUCUGAACACAACAAAGAAUGCUCAGCAAGGCCAGCACCCGCUGGUUGGGCGGCCCUGAGUAGCACAAGCACACACACACACACACACACACACACACACACACACACACAGGAAUACCCAACAAACAC